AUGGAGCCUCUGCCCGCAGCUCCGCCUGCACCAGGGACAAGCAAAGGCUACAACCCCGAGCGGCCCAGCCCCUUCCCUUCCGCCCCGCCGCGGUCCCGUUCCGGCCGCGGCCCUUCCCCCUCCCGGCCGCCCGCGAACCGCCGGGGCCUGGGGCUGGCUCGGCACCCGAGGGGGGCGGCCCCGCUCUUUGUUGAGCGCCGACCCGGGACCUACUUCCUCGCCGGCGUCCGCGUCCUGCUUCCCGGCGUCCGCCGGCCGCUCCCGGUCUUGCGCCGCCGCCUCCCGCCGCACCGCACGUCCUCUCGCAGGCGGCGGAGGCGCGUACCGCCGCCGCCGCCGCCGCCGCCGCACCACGUCUCCCACCCGGGGCUGCGUCACCGGGUGAAACGUUCCUGGCCAGCGUGGGUCGGCGCCCAGCGGCCCGCCCGAGCGCUCCGGCCGCGGGACCAGAGUGCCGCCCUGAGGCCUGGUCGGGACACGACACCCUCCGGGCCGGGCCACCGCGCCCCCCAGCCCCCCCACGGCCGGCCGCGUCCUUUCGGGGGCCCAGCCUCUCCUACCCACUCUGAGAUUAGGACCCCCCACGCUCACCCCGUGAGCCGACGGGCCUCUGCUAAACCGCCCCCAGAUCCGUCAGCUCCUUCCCACCAGCGCCACAGCAACAUCCUCAGAGUCUGAGCGAACUGCGCCCAGCGCGGGCACGGAGCCUCCCACCGCCAG